AUAGGUUGGUGAUCUUUUUCAGUUGCCUAUCAUGGUGUGCGUGGUUAUGUAUUUUCAUUUAACAAUAUUAUGAAUGGAAAAUACAAUGUAAAAGGAACGUGUUAAACAAACUGGAAAUAUUACGAUACCAAAUAUAUUAGAGCUUUGAAUGGAGGUGCUAUUUUUUAAAUACUGAGGCAAUAUUUAAAAUCAGAAAGAAGUUUAAGGUUAAAAAAUUUAGAACGUAACAUUUUUUAAGGCAAAUACAGUCAAAUAUUUUUUAACAGAGUAAGGCCUAUAUAAUCGUUGUGAAGAUGCAAGUGUGUAGGAGAAUCUCAACAUUAUUGUUGUCACCACGUUGUAUGUUCAAGUCGGUACCAACAGCCGGAGUGAAAUCUUGUUCAGUACCAAGUGAUUUUAGUGAUGUUGAAUAUCCUGAUCGUAUGAAGCUCAGAGUUAUGCCAAAAGUACCUCAGUAUCCACCUCAUAUACGUCCUUAUAAAACACAAAAAAGAUUGAGACUAAUGCGAGGUCCAGAAGAAUAUCACAAUACCCUUUUACACAAACAAUAUGGCAUAAUAGCAACAGGUGGUGGCAGACUGAAACACAACAAUUUUGAAAUGAUCCGUAUGACAAUUUUGAGAAAUGUAGAUUACACUAAAACAUUUGCAAUUUGGAGAGUACCUGCUCCUUGGCAACCUAUUACUAAAAAGGGUCAUGGUUUACGGAUGGGUUCUGGUAAAGGAUCUAUAGAUCAUUAUGCUACUCCAGUAAAAGCAGGACAAGUUAUUAUAGAAGUUGGAGGAGAGAUCGAAUAUUUUGAGGUUAAACGCGUUUUAAAAAAUAUUGCGAAAAGAUUGCCAUGUACUGCUAUGGCAGUUAGUCAAGAAAUUAUGGACAAAAUGGCAGAGAGCAAGGAAAAUGCAAAAAAAGAAAAUCUAAACCCAUGGACUUGGAAAUAUAUCAUUCAGAAUAAUAUGCUUGGUUGCCAUACAUGGAUCUCAAAAUAUGACAAGCUAUGGUUCAACGAGUAUGUUUAAUUUAAGACGUAUAUAGCUGUAAAUAUACACUGCUUAAAGCA